CCGCUUGGAAGGGCGCGGGGAGCCGCAGCCGCGGGUGCGUCCGCCGCCCAUCACCGCGCUUCGGGGCUGGGCGCGCCGCCGAGAGCCGGGAGCCGCCUCCGGAGCAGCUUCAACUAUGAUCAGUGCAUAAAUCUACCUGCAACACAGGAUGUUGGAAAAUUACCAAGAGACAGCGACGUCCUCCCUGCUGCUUGUUGAGAAAAGAAGGAUGCACCUUCAGUUUAAAUACUAGGCUUGGUGACCACCUCGUGGGAUCCUGAAUGCCGUGUCCAGUGUGCCUCCCAGCCCCUGAGGACAACAACUAGGAGACAUUCAGGACUGUGGCUGGGACCAGCAGUGACACACAGGCUCAGAGGUGAGCCGGGGGACUGAGUGGGGACAGCUGAACACACGGAGGCACAGGGAGAUGGGGACCAGCGCCACGAUGUGCAGCAAAAAGAAAACAAGGAGAAGUACUAUAAAAAAUGAGAGGAAGGCUUGUCUCUAAGCCUGAACAACUCCUCUGCACAGGCGCUUAACUUCAUGACUCCCUCCUCGAGAUGCCAGAGGCCUGGUGAUGUGGGACCAGCCUCAACCACCAAGGCCUUGGUAGCAGCCCCUGGCUGCUGGCUGCCAAGUACCGUGGGCACCGAGGUCUGCUUUCUCCAGGGACGCUUCCCUCCCGUCUCUGAGCCAUGAGGAGAAGGGAGAGGCAAGCAAAGCUUCUGAAGGAGCACUAGCCCACACCUUCCUGGCCCCUGUCCUGUUCCCCACUUCCAGCAGACCAGGAGCCCCUUCUCCGUGCUGCCCUUCCAGAUGGCAGGUCGCCGGUGGGCCGCGACGUCAGCCCUCUGCAUGUGCGUGGCGGCCGUGUCUCUCCUGCACGCCGGCGGGGUGCGGGCAGACUGCUGGCUCAUCGAGGGGGACAAGGGCUUCGUCUGGUUGGCCAUCUGCAGCCAAAACCAGCCCCCCUACGAGUCCAUCCCCCAGCAGAUCAACAGCACCAUCGUGGACUUGCGGCUGAACGACAACAAGAUCAAGAGCGUGCAGUAUGCCUCGCUCAGCCGCUUCGGCAACCUGACAUACCUCAACCUGACGAAGAACGAGAUCUCCUACAUCGAGGACGGUGCCUUUUCAGGACAGUUCAACCUCCAGGUGCUGCAGCUGGGUUACAACCGACUGAGGAACCUCACCGAGGGCAUCCUCCGGGGCCUGGGGAAGCUGGAGUACCUCUAUCUCCAGGCCAACCUCAUCGAGACUGUCACCCCCAAUGCCUUCUGGGAGUGCCCCAACAUAGUGAACAUUGACCUGUCCAUGAACAGGAUCCAGAGACUGGACAGCAACACUUUUCGGGGCCUAAACAAGCUCUCUGUCUGUGAACUCUACAGUAACCCCUUCUACUGCUCCUGCGAGCUCCUCGGCUUCCUGCAAUGGCUGGAGGCUUUCACCAACAUGACACGCACCUACGACCGGAUGCAGUGCGACUCCCCACCCGACUACAUGGGCUACUACUUGUUAGGCCAAGGCCGGACUGGCUACCGCAAUGCUCUGAGCAUGCUCUCGUCCCUUUGCACUGGUGGCUCCUACACUGUGAUCCCUCGUUUUAUCCCUCCCAGGUACCAGGUGACCACGGUGCCCUCCGAAAGCCCCUGCUCCGAGGAGGAGUGCUCCUCUGGCGACGGCACAACGCCGCAGUUCUCCCUGUUCACGCCCAUCGGUGAGACGGAGGUGCGCCCCAACAUCCAGGUGAAGCACCUCAACCACAACUCGGCCGUCCUCACCGUGCAGAUUCCCUACCCCUUCAGCAAGAUGUACAUCCUCUCCCAGUUCGAAAACGGCUUCUCCUCCAUGAUCACCAAGCUCAGGAAGAAGGAGGAGAACAUCACCGUGAGCAACCUAGUAGCACAAAGAGAUUACACCUACUGUGUAGUCUCUGUUCACCAGUACUCCAAGUACAACCACACCUGCGUCACCAUCACCCCCACCAGACCCAACCGCAAGGAGCCGGUGCCCACCCCUUCCACUGCCACCCAUUAUAUCAUGACAAUCCUGGGCUGUCUCUUUGGCAUGGUGAUUGUCCUGGGCGUGGUGUAUUACUGCCUCCGGAAGAGGCGCCAGCAGGAGGAGAAGCACAAAAAGGCUGCCGGCAGCAUGAAGAAGACCAUCAUUGAGCUGAAGUAUGGGCCAGAAAUGGAGACCACCAGCAUCACCCAGCUGUCCCAGGGACAGAUACUGGGUGGGGAGACAGUGACCCGCAUCCCCUACCUACCUUCUGCUGGUGAGGUUGAGCAGUACAAGCUGAUUGAGAGCAGCGAGACCCCUAAGGCCACCAAGGGCAACUACAUGGAGGUGAGGACAGGUGAGCAGCCUGAGAGGCGAGACUGUGAGCUGUCCCUGCCACCAGACACGCAGGGCUCUGUGGCUGAGAUCUCCACCAUUGCCAAGGAGGUGGACAAGGUGAACCAGAUCAUCAACAACUGCAUCGAUGCCUUGAAAUCCGAGUCCACCUCCUUCCAAGGGGUGAAGUCGGGGGCAGUCUCCACGGUGGAGCCUCAGCUGGUGCUCUUGUCAGAGCAGAUCCCCAGCAAGCACGGAUUCCUUUCCCCGGUCUACAAGGAAAGCUACAACCACCCUCUCCAGCGACACCACAGCAUGGAGGCGGCCCCCAAACGCUCCAGCACCUCUUCCAGUGGCUCCAUACGGAGCCCGAGGUCCUACCGCUCCGAGGGAUCGGGCCACAAAUCCGAAGCCAAAUACAUUGAGAAGACAUCCCCCACCACCGACACCAUCCUCACUGUGACACCGGCCGCGGCCAUCCUGCGGGCAGAGGCGGAGAAGAUCCGCCAGUACAGCGAACACCGGCACUCGUACCCCAGCUCGCACCCAGGGGAGCAGCACGACAGCAUGGGCGGGCGGAAGCCCUCCAUCCUGGAGCCUCUGACCCGUCCUCGCCCCAGAGACCUGGCCUACUCCCAGCUCUCGCCCCAGUAUCACAACCUGAGCUACACCUCCAGCCCAGAGUACACCUGCAAACCAUCGCACAGCAUCUGGGAGCGCUUCAAACUCAACCGCAAGCGGCACAAAGAUGAGGAGGAGUACAUGGCAGCCGGCCAUGCCCUACGCAAAAAGGUCCAGUUUGCCAAAGACGAGGAUCUUCACGACAUCUUAGACUACUGGAAGGGUGUCUCUGCCCAGCAAAAGUCCUGAGUCCUCACACAACUCGUGACUUAACACACUAACUGGACCAAAAGAAAUCCGCAGCAGCUAUUUUUAUUCAGACUGUCUUUGAAACAAAAUAAAAUUAAAAAAAAAAAAAAAGAGAAUCAAUAAAAAGUUAAAAGAGAGAACAAAUAAUGAAAAAUCUAUAAAUAUUCUAUAUAAUAUAUACAGUGAGAUAUUAAAAUGUCCUCACGUUGGUGAGACAUGCACCAAAUUUGAACACAAACUUUGCAAACAAACCAACUGUGGAGUGGGAAAAAAAAAAGUUUUGUUUCAUUUUGAUUUUUUUAAAAAAAUAUAAGAAAAAAGAAAAAAUUGAAUAUAAAAUGAAAAUGAAAGAGCGGGCAGAGAGCUGAGGUCUGGCGUUUUCCAAUAUUGCAUUGCAUGAGUCCCUAUUCCGUGAUUUUGUGGAUUCUUUGUGAACAGUUUGUGUUCUUCCUUCCUUCCCUUCCAAAAUCAACAGCGACAAAAACAGCAACAAAAACCAAAAAGAGACCAGAAGGAGCUCCAUAUUUUGGGCUGUUUUUGCAAACGGAGUCUUCCAGUUUAGACUUUUACCCGGUCGAAGGCCCGUUCACAUUUUCACUCACUAAGAGGUUUUACCACACAUUGCAUUGUAAACCGAAGUCGUUAAUUGUACAGAGAAAAUUUCUAUAUUUGCAAUGUUUGCUGUAUAAUGAGAAAGAGAGAGGAGAAAAAAAACAAUACUACAUCUACUAAAAAAAAAGAAAAUAUAUAUAUAUCUAUAUUCA